AUAAUCACAAGAUGUAGGUAUACGUUUCAAUUUUCAAACACACCUAUCAGCUGAUCAGUAAAUGUCAGUUUGGCAUUUACUGUGUCAAGUAUUACGAAACGAUGUAUUUUUUUACACAACAUUCCCGAUUUUCAGUGGUUUCAGGCGUGUUUGACUUUUGGACGGAGUUAAAAUGAAAACCGAAACAUGAUUCAGUGCAACUUCGUGCUCUGAGAAUUUUUUACCAUCUUCCUUAAACAUUCAAAAUGGCGGCGAAACAAAACAAAGAUGGCGUCCUACGUGACCUCACAGACCUCACCAUGGGCGGGACUUCUGCCAUGUUCGCUACCUUGUUCACCAACCCCAUAGAGGUUGUCAAAACGAGGCUGCAACUACAGGGAGAGUUGAGAUCGAAGGGACAAACCACUGUUUUCUACAAGAAUGUACCUCACGGGCUGUAUAUGGUAUUCAAAACUGAAGGCCUGAGGGCUCUGCAAAGUGGAUUGCCGGCAUAUCUUGGAUUUCAGUUCUUUCUGAAUAGUUUUAGAUUAGGCGUAUACCGCAUAUGCGAGCGCCGUGGCCUCACCACCACAUCCGACGGUCGCACGUCAAUCCUCGGCGGUGCCGCGGCGGCGGGCGUCGGCGGAGCGCUAGGGUCCGUCGCCGGAGCACCCUUCUACCUCGUGAAGACCAGGCUGCAAGCGCAAGCCGCGAAGGCCAUAGCUGUCGGACAUCAGCAUAGUCAUAGCGGGACGUUUAGCGCGCUGGGAGAGAUCUUUCGGAAGGAGGGAAUUAGAGGCAUAUUCCGUGGUGUGACGCCGCAAAUCCCCCGCGGUAUGGUCGGCAGCAGCUCACAAAUGGUCAGCUUCGGGUUCGCCAAAGACUGGCUGCGAGGCCGCGGCUGGCUGCUGAAUAACCCCGUGCUGCUGUCGUUCAUGGGAGCCAACCUGGGCGGUUUGGUCAUGACCGUCUGCUUGAACCCGUUCGACGUCGCUGCGACACGGCUGUCUAACCAACCGGUCGACGCGCGCAACCGAGGCACCCUGUACUCCGGAAUGGUAGACUGUUUCGUAAAGAUCAUCAGGAAGGAAGGAGUGUACGGGCUUUACAAAGGAGUAGGAGCUAAUUACCUGAGGCUUGGGCCUCAUACUGUGCUGCUAUUGGUCUGUUGGGACCAGCUGAAGGUACUCGAACAAUAUCUGCGGGGUUGAAUGCCAAGUGAUGUUGAAUUGAAAAGUGAGCGCGUCUGAUUCACUUGUUAUGUGAAUAACGUUUAGAAAAGUGUGCAUUUCUAGUGAAAGUUUAGUAGCUUAUUUAUUGGGAAUAAUGUUGGGCAAUGGACAAUUAAUUCACAGGGUAUAUUUAAAACUGGGUUAAGAAGUUACAAUAGUUAAGAUUAUAUUAGCUGUUAUGUUUGUAUUAGAUGUAAGAAUAAACCUACAAAAUACAUAUUUUUCUACCAAUAUUUUAUAAAAAAACAUGAAUUUAUUUGCACCUACUUUAGUUUUGUAUGAGGGUAGUUAGUAUAGUUAGUCAGAUUUAAACUUAUAUGUAUAGGUAACGGGUUGGCAGAACUAGUAAUAAGUUAGUGAAACGAAUUUAUAUUCCAAAAAGGCCUUUAUUUUCUUUAGCACAACAUUUGGCGAUGUUAGCAUUGCUAACGACUAUUAAGACAGGCUCAUAGUGCAAAUAAAACUUAUUCAGAUUUACUUAAAGAUAUAAAAGUCAGGACUCAUCACACUACAUCUAAUACUAUUUUAAAUUAUGCGCUACUAUUUUGUCCGAUUAGAUCUUAGACAUACCUACUUAAUAAACAAUAUUUAAUUUGGUAAGGAAGUUUAAAAAUAUGUAAUACACACUUGUGAUUGAAAUAGAAUGCAUUUACGUUCAUUUACUUAUUUUUAUGCAAUAAAUGGCAAAAUAAAACUAAAUUAAUUUGUCUUUUA